AAACUUUCAAGCACCACUGUACGUCUAUAAGUGCCUGCACUCUGACAGGAUACUUUGCCACCAUGGAUGUAGCAGAAGAAGCUAAACAAACUGCACUUAACGCCCAGGGACGCCUUCUGGGAGAACAUCAGCAGAUGCUAGCGGACCUCAACACAUGAAUGGCACAACUAGCUUCUGUGAUGUUGCAGGCCCUCCUAGUGCAUUCUGAGGCUCCUCCGAGCCCCACGCUGCAACUUCCUACUCCGGAAAGAUUCGCUGGAGACACUAAUGCAUAUGAGCUUCACUGUUGUUGAGUUCACAGACAAUGCUAUUGAGGUUGUGCCAUCUUCAUGGCUUGGACACACUUCUGAGCAUGGCAUGGUCUGCUACUGGACGACACACAAUGUGCGAUUGCGUGUUGUGACGUGCCGAGCACCAAAUACAACUUGGGCCAAACAUCCCGUUAAGAAAACCUGGUACGAAACAGAUUCAUACGCCAAAGCUGAACAGAAGUGUUUGCAAUUGAUGGAGUCCUCAAGUGUUGAGACAGAGGAUGAUGUGAACACUUUUGCAAUAAGGCAGCGUAAGCGCCCAAGGAGGUUUGUCUCCGAAUCCUCUGAUGAUGAUGAUUCUGCUCCAGUGGUAGCAGCAACCAAGAAGCAACCCAAGACUCUGACUGUGCCUGGAAGCCCUGGGUGUCGGCAGGACCCAAUGCCCCUACCACCACAAUGUAAGUGGUCAACACCAGCCGGGACUGGAGCCAGUCCUCACCACCCUAGCCCAAGUCCUGUUGACCCUGUUCAAGCCAGCAGCCAGGCACUACACCCAAUUCAGUCAGCCAGGCACCUCCAAGAAUCACUGGAAACCUCUUUUGACUCUGUUCAAGCCAGCAGCCGGGCGCUUCAUGACGGACAGGGUGUCUCGGCUAUCGCAGCCAUGUUAUGAGAAUCACAGAGGCCCACAUGAGUCGCUUGAUGCGGAGGAUCGAAGCUAAGUUUGACAGGACCGAGGCUAGGUUUGACAAGAUCGAGUCAUUGGUGGAGACCAACGCCCCGACACACACGCCUCAACUCCAGCAAGAAGAUGUGGUGUUGGCUAAACCAUGCAGCAUGGUGAUGGAGCUGCUGGAGUUGGAUAGGAGUCUGGAACAACCAGACAAGAGGAACAAGAUGCAACAUUUUCUUGAAACUGUCGGAGGGACAGGUUUAGGGGCAGCCAUUCACCGUAUGCUACGCCGAGUGGCAAAUAAUGAGGUACUCGCCCAGUACAGCGUGCGGGGCAGACGGGCCAAAAUGUCCUUUGAUGACCUCAUUCUGUGCAAGAUUAUAAAGGCUGCAUGUGUCAAAAAAUUUCCUGGCCAUACGGAAGCUGAAAUGGAGGAAUGCCUUGGGCAGACUCUAAAAUUUGCACCACACAGACGAUCAGCUGGUCAGCAGCAACGGAUGGACAAUUGAAUUGUGAACAGUGAAUUUUUAUUCUUUUUUUGUGAACAGUGAUUUUUAUUCUAUUUUUUUGUGAAGUGAUUUUUUUUAUUCUAUUUUGUUUUUGUUAUUGAAUGCACAGUUACACUUUAAAAAACUGUUAUUUCUAUUUUAUUCUGUUUUGAAUGUGUUUUAUUGAAUACACCGUUUCAGAAACUUUUCUAUUUUAUUCUGUUUUGUAUAUAUAUGAUUGUUUUAUUGAAUGCACCGUUACACUUUCAGAAACUUUUCUAUUUUAUUUUCAAACAUUUUUUUUAAUUCAAAUUUGUUAUUGAUAUUUUAUCUCAUUAAACUUUCAAGACCUGCCAAAUUUGCCUGUUCAUUCAUCACUGACAGUUUUCUCAUGUAGAUGUGCUAGCAGUUAUGUGUUGAUGUUGCUAAUUGGUUGCAAGCAAAAUCUAACUAAAACAUAACAUUCUACAACGUCAGGGGGACGUUAGGCUAACAUUCAGGGAGCCAAACAUGCAACCAGCAAGGUUAGGGGAAGGGCAGGGGAAGGUUGUUGUUGUAACCAACAGGAAACGUUUGGGCAACGUCAGAAAAACUUUCCAUGGCAACCACGUGGCAACCAAACCUAACGUAUAUGCACCAUAUAGGCAACCAAAGGCGUACGUGCCCAGAACGUUCUGGGAACGUAAAAUUGUUACUAGGGAUGUGCAUCGUAUAGUUCUCAGAACAACAAAAAAAACAACCAAACAUAACGUUGUGUGGAGGUUAUAGUGUAACCAAAUGAUAACGUUUCAGUUGGUUAGUUACCUCAACGUUUUGGGGACGUUUGGCUUCAUUAGGUUUCUGCAUAACCAUGAGGAAACGUUCUCUAAAUGUUAGUUGUUGGUUACGUUCUAACAAACCUUUAGAGAACCAUAGGCUAACGGUACAUUAACGUUCUGUGUUACUAGGGACUGUCCUUUCUCUGCUGUCUACACUUCCCUUCUUCCUUUCCCUUAUUAAGCUUAGCCUACUGCUACGUUGUUAAUCGUAAUCUCAUUUGUUU